AAAAAAAAAAAAAAAAACAAGAUCGGAUUACAAGAUGGCGCCCCGUGGACGUUAGCGAGGAGGCCGACUGAGUUUGUGUUGUGUUUCCCCUCCUCCUCUCCUUCAACCGAGGGGGGAGCUUUCCCUUUCGAGUUGGGUGCCGUGGACGGGAGCAUGCCUAGGAAGUAGCAGCAGUCGCCGCCGAUACUUUUCGUCCCUCGGGUUGGCUCCUCUGUCCCGUUGUAACAUGCGGGCGCCAGCGAAGUUGUCAGGCUAGGAAGGAAAACACCGAGGCGCUUCUUCGCUUGGCUUGUUAGCGUCCAGCUAGCCUAGCCUGCUAGCUCCUCCACAUUUCCCCCGUUCACAAUGUCGGACACUCGGCGGCGGGUGAAAGUUUAUACGCUCAACGAAGAUCGCCAGUGGGACGACCGGGGCACUGGGCACGUUUCGUCCACGUUUGUGGAACGACUCAAGGGAAUAUCUUUACUAGUUCGGGCUGAAUCCGACGGGUCACUACUGUUGGAGUCGAAGAUUAGCCCCAACACUGCAUAUCAGAAACAACAAGACACGCUGAUCGUCUGGUCUGAGGCGGAUAAUUAUGACCUGGCUUUGAGCUUCCAGGAGAAAGCGGGCUGCGAUGAGAUCUGGGAGAAGAUUUGCCAGGUGCAAGGGAAGGACCCCGCCCUGGACAUCACCCAGGAUCCCAUCGACGAGUCCGAAGAGGAGCGUUUCGAGGAGAUCCCCGAGACGAGCCACCUGGUGGAGCUCCCGCCCUGCGAGCUCAGCCACCUGGAGGAGAUCGCAGACCUGGUGACGUCGGUGCUGUCCUCGCCCAUCCGCCGGGAAAAACUGGCCUUGGCCCUCAUGAGCGAGAGCUACCUCAAGAAACUGCUGGGCCUCUUCCGAGUGUGCGAGGACUUGGACAACCGGGAAGGCCUGCACCACCUGUACGAGAUCGUCCGCGGCGUGCUCUUCCUCAACAAGGCCGCCCUCUUCGAGGUGAUGUUCUCCGUCGACUGCAUCAUAGACGUGGUGGGCUGCCUGGAGUACGACCCGGCGCUGGUGCAGCCCAAGCGCCACCGUGAGUUCUUGACCAAGACGGCCAAGUUCAAGGAGGUGAUCCCCAUCACGGACUCUGAGCUGCGGCUGAAGAUCCACCAGACGUACCGCGUGCAGUACAUCCAGGACAUCAUCCUGCCCACGCCGUCAGUCUUCGAGGACAACUUCCUCUCCACGCUCAACUCCUUCAUCUACUUCAACAAGGUGGAGAUUGUCAGUAUGUUGCAGGAGGACGAGAAGUUCCUCACUGAGGUUUUUGCGCGGCUUACGGACGAAGGCACAGAGGACAGUAAAAGACGAGAACUUGUGAACUUCGUCAAGGAGUUCUGCGCUUUCUCCCAGACGCUACAGCCUCAAAACAGAGACGCUUUCUUCAAGAUGCUAGCCAAUCUCAGCAUUUUGCCCGCGCUGGAAAUAGUCAUGGGAAUGGAUGACCUGCAGGUGAGGGCGGCAGCCACAGACAUCUUCUCCUAUCUGGUGGAAUUCAGCCCCUCUAUGGUCCGAGAGUUUGUCAUGCAGGAACUACAACAGCCCGACGAUGAUGUGCUGCUCAUCAACGUGGUGAUCAAGCAGAUGAUCUGCGACUCGGACCCCGAGUUGGGCGGCGCCGUCCAGCUGAUGGGGCUGCUGCGGACGCUAAUCGACCCCGAGAACAUGCUGGCUUCCACCAAUAAAACGGAGAAGACCGAAUUCCUGAGUUUCUUCUACAAGUACUGCAUGCACGUUUUAACCGCUCCUCUGCUGGCCAACACGGUGCUUGACAAAAAUGUAAAAGAUUUGCAAGAGGGAUCCACCAAGAGCAACCCUGUGUGUCCAGAUAACUUUCAGACGGCACAACUGCUGGCUCUGAUCCUGGAGCUGCUCACCUUUUGCGUGGAGCACCACACGUAUCACAUCAAGACCUACAUCAUGAACAAAGACUUGCUGAGGAGGGUGCUGGUGCUCAUGAACUCCAAGCAUACCUUCCUCGCUCUCUGUGCAUUGCGUUUCAUGCGGCGGAUCAUCGGCCUGAAGGACGAGUCCUACAACCGCUACAUCAUCAAAGGGAACCUGUUUGAGCCGGUCAUCAACGCGCUGCUGGACAAUGGCACGCGAUACAAUCUCCUCAAUUCGGCCAUCAUCGAGCUCUUCGAGUUCAUCAAAGUGGAGGACAUCAAGUCCCUUAUUGCUCACAUUGUGGAUAACUUCUACAAAGCUCUUGAGCCCAUCGAGUACGUGCAGACCUUCAAGGGCCUGAAGGGCCGAUACGAGCAGGAGAAAGACAGACAGAGUCAGAAACUCACCAGCAGGUACCGGCGAGAGGCUCGCUCGUUGGACGAGGAUGAAGAGCUGUGGUUCAACGAGGACGAAGACGAGGAGGAGGCGGAGGCUGUGGACAAGAGCCGGAUGGAAGACGACUACUCGGACGGCUACGGCAAGUACAUGGAGGCCAAAAAAGGCGCAGCUAACGGCGCAAACAACGGCAAAGCUGUGGCGCUGCCUCCCACCUCGCCCCCCGCCGCCCCCAACAACAGCUCCGCGUCCUCGGUCAAGACGGUCGCGCUUACCGCCUCGCCAGUAGUGAAGCCAUGUUGUUAGUGUAAGCAGUGCAUGUCAACAGAGAGGCAGUUCAAACUAUGGAAACAUCUUUGAAAGGAAAACUCCCAUCCUCACAAAUUUGGAUUAAUGGCCCUUUUUUGAGACAUUGUGGCAGCCAUUUUGUCUCGGGUAAAAGUGCUUGAAUCCAUCGCUACGGGACAGAAUUGACCUCACGGCAGGUGUGAUCCGAUGUCUUGUGUGUCUCAGACCGCUCUGGUCGGUUUGGUGGACUACCCCGACGAUGAGGACGAAGAGGAGGUAGAUGAAGAGGAGGAAGAAGAGCAAUCCCCCAGGAAGCGUCCUCGUCUCAGCUCUUAGCACCCCGGAACAAAGUCUGGCGCAGUCGCCCUUUCCGCACAAAGAAUUGGAUGGACCAUCUCCCUCUUCUCCAGACCCUCACUAACCCUUAGCUUCUCUUCCUCAUCAUCAAAGUGCCAAGGCCCUUCCCUCUACUGGCUCUGUUGCUGUAGCCAACGGAAGCCGCCGGCGUGCUACUGGAGCCCAAAGGGAAGCGGCUCACAGCUUGACAAAACGGCGGACGCCGGCGAAUGAACUGUGCCACAGGCCGGUCAGGCUAGCAGGACUAGCCCCCCCAGAACCCCACCCCACACAGUUGUUAGGACGCUUGACUGGCCGUUUGCGGAAAGGACUGGAUGGACAUCCACAGGAACGGAACACACACAACCGAGGAUCCCAGAUGUGUUUCAAAAAGUACUGUCCAGAUGUCGUCGGCCCCCCUCCUGUUUAAUCAUUUGCCCGCCCCAUUUUGAAACGGGGACAGCGACGACCAUCCGCCCUGUGCUUUUUUUUGUUUUGUUUUUUUAGCACAACGGUGGCGUUGUUGUUCUCCCUUUUGGUCCAGUUCAUUUGAGUCAAUGUAAAGAUGAACAUGGUGUUUUAAAAAAAAAAAAAAAAAAAAGAGAGAGAGAGAGAAAAACAGAGUCAAUGAAAUGAAAACUGCAGUAAAGUUGUUUUUUUGCAGCCAACUUUUGCGAAUGUUUGUUUUGUAUUCUUAGGGAGCCAACGCUGCUAAAUUUGCAUUUUAUUGUUGAAAGGAAAUUAAUUUAAAAGCAAACUGUUGAUUCCUUUGACCAGUUUUGUAGCUCUAAAUGAAUUUCAAUCUCAUUUGAUACACAUUUUGAUACAAAUUUCA